AUGUAUCAAACCGUCUCCAAGAUGGGGGCCAUCACGGUGCAGCGCUCCAUGGUCCUCGGGGGGAGCUUCUUCCUGGUGCUGGUGGUGAAGUCAGAGGACGGAGAGUGUGGAGGAUCUGGAAACACAUCAGAAACAAAUCAGAGCAAGAUCCUGGAGGUGGUGGUGUCUCCAGUGACGUACGACGCAGUUAAGGUUAUUAUGGUCCCCUCCGUCUGUUUGGGCCUCAUCAUCUGUCUCUGUAUUCCACUCUGCAUCCGGGACACAGGGAAAAAAUCUAUCAAGUGUUGUCUGUGUUGCCGACAGGUCGUCUACAAGAUCGGCAUGGACAGCUCUGGAAGCCAUGCAACAGAACACGAUACCCCAGACCUUUUUCAUGGUCCGUUUCUUGACCGCAUCUCUUACUUCGAAAGGACCGAAAAGAUCCAGCGUGGUAAACUCGAAUGGGUUUGCUCUGUGUGUGCGCUCAAGGGGAAGAUCGCUCAUUUGUUGUUGGCAUAG